UAAAGAGAAACCAAACGCAGAUUCCUUCUCCAUACUCAUACAUACCCUCUCUCUCUCUCUCUCUCUCUCUCUCUCUCUCUCUGUUUCUUCAAAGUUGAAAACUUUGCGUCUGGAUCAAAACCGCGUCCACCAUAUCCUCCAUCUCCCGCAAAUCUCUCUCUCUCUCGAUUCUCUAAAAAAGGCGAAACCUUAUCCUCAAAAAUCAAACACUUUGAUCUUCGAUCUUAGGUCAAAGCAAGCCAUGGUGGUGGUGAAAAUGAAACAGAUCAUGAGGUGGCCUCCUCUGUUCGCCGUCAAAUUCGACGUGAUCGUCUCCGUCCACAGAAUCGAGGGGUUGGAUUCCGACGGCGGUAACGACAACAACGACCAGCGCGGUGGGAGGAGGAAGAGACCCGUCGUGGAGAUCAAGUGGAGAGGACCGAGAGCGGUGACUCUGAAACGCUCCUCCGUGGAGCGGAGUUACACGGAGGAAGGCGGGUUUCGAGGCGACGGCGUGGUGGAGUGGAACGAGGAGUUUAAGAGGGUUUGCGAGUUCUCUGUUUACAAGGAAGGAGAGUUUCUUCCCUGGCUCGUUUCCUUCACCCUCUUCAAUGGACUGAAUCAAGGAACGAAGGAGAAAGUUCGUAGCUUUGGAAAGGCAUCACUGAACAUUGCAGAGUACUUUUCACUCAUGAAAGAAGAUGAUGUUCAAGUCAAAGUGCCUCUCAAGAUGCGUGGCUCCUCUUCUUCAUCAUCCUCUCCACCAUGCCUUCAUGUUUCUCUUCAGUUUUCCUCUAAAGAGUCACUGCCCGAAAGACAAAGAUCUGCUCUUCCUGUCCUGUGGUCUCCUCUCUCCGGAGAGGCCGAGAAAGCCGAGUCCGUUGUCAAAGUAGGCCUGAGAAAGAUGAAAACUUUCAACCACUGCAUGUCGAUCCGCCAGGCUUCGGAGAAGGAGACUGCUAGUAAAAGAGAUGGAAGCAGCGGGAGCGAAAGCAGAAGCCCUGAGCGAAACCUUGAUUCCGAGUCUUCUUAUCCUUUUGACACAGACUCUCAGGACGAAGCGGAUGAAUCAGAAGAGAACAAUAAUGCGAGCACCGGUGUGUUUGAACCUGUUGUUACUUACAAAACGCUGAGACACGCUAAUUGGGCUAGAGGCUCUUUUCAUGCUGGCACAAACCCUGAAGAUGAGGAUUUGAUUUAUUACAGCCACCGCAGCCCAUCAGCAGAGAGAGAGGACGAGGUUUUGAAUGAGGCAGUGAGCUCGGAGCAGGGGAAUGGACAGAUGACAAAGAAGAGAAUGUUAUCUUGGAAGAAGAGAAAGCUCAGUUUUAGAUCUUCUAAACAGAAAGGAGAACCGCUUCUUAAAAAGGACUGUCUUGAAGAAGGAGGUGAUGAUAUAGACUAUGACCGUAGACAGCUUAGCUCGUCUGAUGAGUCUACCUCUGAUUGGUAUAGGUCUGAUGAUUCAGUCACGAAACCGUUGUCUGAGUUUGGAGACGAUGACUUCGUUGUUGGUAGUUGGGAGACGAGAGAUAUCACAAGCCGUGAUGGGCUGAUGAAACUCAAGGCUCAAGUGUUUCUCGCUUCGAUCGAUCAAAGAAGCGAGAGAGCUGCUGGAGAAAGCGCCUGCACAGCUUUGGUCGCGGUGAUGGCGCAUUGGUUAGGAUCAAACAGAGACAUAAUCCCAACGAGGUCAGAGUUCGACAGUCUCAUCAGAGAAGGAUCAUCCGAGUGGAGGAACCUGUGCGAGAAGGAGGAGUACAGGGAACGGUUUCCUGACAAACAUUUUGAUCUGGAGACGGUUCUUGAGGCUGAGAUCAGACCUAUCUGUGUCGUCCCGGAGAAGUCGUUUAUAGGUUUUUUCCAUCCGGAGAAAUCGGAGGAAGAAGAAGACGCGAGUCUAGACUUUCUGAAAGAUGUGAUGUCAUUUGAUAGUAUAUGGGAAGAGAUCACGAGACACGAACCGGAAGAGUCGGGAAAGGAACCGGUGAUCUACAUUGUGAGCUGGAAUGAUCAUUUCUUUGUCCUCCUCGUUGACCACGAUGCUUACUACAUCAUAGACACGCUUGGGGAGAGGCUUUACGAGGGUUGUAACCAAGCUUAUGUCUUGAAGUUUGACAAAGAAGCAGAGAUCCAGAGAUUGAAACCAGAGAGUAAGGAGCAAGGAAACCAGAAAGCAAGUGGUGGUAAGAACAAGUCAGAGCAAGCCGAGAGAUCAGAUGAAGAAGAAGAAGAGGCAGUAGUGUGUAGUAGAGGUAAAGAGACAUGCAGAGAGUAUAUAAAGAGCUUCCUGGCAGCGAUCCCAAUACAAGAAGCCAAAGCUGAUAUGAAGAAAGGAUUGGUUUCGUCUGUGCAUCACCGUCUACAAAUCGAGCUUCACUUCACAAGACACCUCCAGCAGCAACAACCAAAUCUGCUGCUGCUUGAAUCGUCUGCAAGUGAAGCUGAUGUGUCUGUGAAUGCGGCUUGGUCACUUGCGAGCAGUAGUGGUGGUGGGUUUGGUUGCGAAAUGGGUGAGCUUGUGGGAGUUGAAGUCUGAGAGACACAGAAAGUGUAUAUUUUUGGUGUUUAUAACUCUUUUUUUACUUUUGACUUUUGUUUUGGGUUGUGUGGAUAAAGUUUGGUGUUUGAUACAAUUGUCUUUUCUUUGGAGAGUCAAAGAAAAGACUUUAAUUCCUCUCCUACAAUAAUUGUAUAGAGGAGAAACUUACCAGAGAAUAUUAUUAUUAUUAUUAUUUAAUAAAAUCAGUAAUUAAUUUAUAA